AUAAAGUACCCGCAAUGGGCCGUGUUAAAUGUGUACAAUACACUACUCCCGAAUUUAACAACGCCGAACACUUUACCAUUAACUAAAGGAUUAUGUAUUUACACUACCAGUCAAUACUAGUGUUUAAACACCCUGAUUGAUUCUCUGCCUGUCGAUACCAUGUAUUGGCCAGUGAUCGCGACUCACCAUCUAACGUACACGAGGUGUUGGCGAUAACUAUCCACACUUGGAGGUAUGAACAAACCAUGCUGUUUAGGACAGAGACCCGUGUCUUCAUUACUGUGUUAUAAUUAAUCAGGUUUAUUCAGAAGGAUGUGGGAUUGUGGAUACGUGCUAUGGCCAGGCAGUUUUCAUUCCGGAACCCGGUAACAGGCAAACCUUUGGCCCCGAAAAAGCUAAAGCCUCAAAAGCUAUGUGGCUGGGAAGCAGAUGACGUCACUAGCCAGUCCCUAGGCAUAGAGACAUGGAGUAAUCUGCAGGUCCAGAUUCACGAGCGCCAUGGGAAGCUCAAACAUGUACCAGAGCACGCGACCUACAGACAUUUACCCAAACGAAGGUGUAACGGGUUUGAGGACACCGAUUCAUUCGAGAAGGGAAGUCUUCAUGAACAUUUCUUCAGAAAGACGGCUUGUGAGGGAAAGCCGAGUUCGUCUAUCGAUUCUAGUCAAAAUACAAACAUAUCACUGCUGAAUGGGUCAGCCGCUAAAAAGAACGCACGUGCAGUGCGACUACGGACGGCGGGUUCUGCACGUUCGAAUGAAGCUGACAGGCCUAAGAUCCUGGACGAUUUCGACGUGCCUUAUAAAGAAUCAGGUUACGUCAUCCAAACGCUUCCGAAGACUGAUACGUCAUUCGGUCUUACAAGAGCGGUGACUGACCUUGGAGAGGAGCGGUCACCGACCAUGCGUAGAAUGCUGUACUAUUCCCGAAAAUACGCAUCAAAAGAUGACGUCACAUAUGACGAGGAGGAAGACGAAGGAUAUGGUUCCAAGACGCCAAGUGAGGAGAAGGAAGUGAAAUUGUUUGAUACUCCUAUAGUUGUGAAUCAGUGGGGUGCUUCUAACGGCCGAUAUCAUCAGGAUUUUAGUCAUGAAAGUAAAAAUGGGCCGCGCGUGGCGAAGUUCUCAUACACACAUUUGACGUCACGGUCUGAACCUCAUGGACACUUUGGCGAUGAUCCGCGCAACGGUGUUGAUCCAAGAGUGUCCGACGACUCCCAUCGGAAACGUAGACAACACAUACAAGAAACAAAGGGAAUAAGUAAACAUUUAGAACGUUCACAAACCGUUAUUGUUAACAAAACGGACACAGGGGCAGUAUCGGAGGAUAGGCCUUCUGCUAUAAUAUUGCGGAAGAUCAGUAUACAGAACUUUCAAGGUGAAGGAGCGAGAGAGACUGUAUUUGAUCUCCAGAAGUCUUUACACAGAUCACAUACAACAGUACAUGAUCAGAUUUCGGAUAGAGAAACCAAUCCGGUCAACGCUUCUAGUCAGGAAUUAAAAUGUCCGCAACACAGGCCGAAUUCCAGACAAAAGUUAACGAUAGACUCCGGUAAGGUGGCUCCGGGGGACGUCCUACGGAGGACACAUGUAGGUAUAUACGACAUACAGCGAUCUCAUACGACAGUGUGUAUGCCUAUUGGAGAAUUACUCCCGAUGGCGGAUCAUUUCCACACCAAAUCUGCGUCCUCCUCCACGUACCCAGAACCGUCACCAUCUAUCCCGAACAGCGCUCGUGACCAGGAUACCCCUAAACUGGCCAACAUGGACGACGCCUCUCUGGAUUAUUACUCUAUAAAUAAAAGCAAUACUUUGUGUUCCGGUCCUUUCCGGCAAACGAAAUCAUCGUCCCAAGACACAAGCAACCGGAAAGCAGUGCCACAUGUGGAUAUUUAUCCUCAUUCAGCAUCCACGGCUGUACCGUCAUCUCACGAGCCGCGCACGCGACUUACUCAGUCUAAACCAAAGGAAGGUCUUCCCUCUGGGUCCUUCUUGCCCCAGAUUCCUACACUAGCUGUACGAAGGAAGAGGAAACCCGAAAGGAAACCGGAAAUCAAACUGUCUACGAACCCUGACCGAGACACGAAGAAGAAACUCCGAGACGCAUUCUCCCGAUUUUAUAACAAACGUUCAUACUGUCCUAACCGUAAUGUAAAUUGGUCAGAGGACCUCCGGUUUGUUUGGAACACGUGACAUAGUCUAAUACUUACUUCGGUGUAAUACGUACUUAGACAGAGGUCAUAGGUCAGCUGUAUGUGGUGGAAAUUAGGUAUAUAAGUACUGAAUCUAUCCAACAUGACGUCACUGAAAUGUUUCACGAUGUAUAGAAGGUGUGUGUCUGUCCAACAUGACGUCACUGAAAUGUUUCACGAUGUAUAGAAGGUAUGUGUCUGUCCAAUAUGACGUCACUGAAAUGUUUCACGAUGUUUAGAAGGGUAUGUGUCUGUCCAACAUGACGUCACUGAAAUGUUUCACGAUGUAUAGAAGGUAUGUGUCUGUCCAACAUGACGUCACUGAAAUGUUUCACGAUGUUUAGAAGGGUAUGUGUCUGUCCAACAUGACGUCACUGAAAUGUUUCACGAUGUUUAGAAGGGUAUGUGUCUGUCCAACAUGACGUCACUGAAAUGUUUCACGAUGUUUAGAAGGGUAUGUGUCUGUCCAACAUGACGUCACUGAAAUGUUUCACGAUGUUUAGAAGGGUAUGUGUCUGUCCAACAUGACGUCACUGAAAUGUUUCACGAUGUUUAGAAGGGUAUGUGUCUGUCCAACAUGACGUCACUGAAAUGUUUCACGAUGUAUAGAAGGUAUGUGUCUGUCCAACAUGACGUCACUGAAAUGUUUCACGAUGUAUAGAAGGUAUGUGUCUGUCCAACAUGACGUCACUGAAAUGUUUCACGAUGUUUAGAAGGGUAUGUGUCUGUCCAACAUGACGUCACUGAAAUGUUUCACGAUGUAUAGAAGGUAUGUGUCUGUCCAACAUGACGUCACUGAAAUGUUUCACGAUGUAUAGAAGGUAUGUGUCUGUCCAACAUGACGUCACUGAAAUGUUUCACGAUGUUUAGAAGGGUAUGUGUCUGUCCAACAUGACGUCACUGAAAUGUUUCACGAUGUUUAGAAGGGUAUGUGUCUGUCCAACAUGACGUCACUGAAAUGUUUCACGAUGUUUAGAAGGGUAUGUGUCUGUCCAACAUGACGUCACUGAAAUGUUUCACGAUGUAUAGAAGGUAUGUGUCUGUCCAAAAUGACGUCACUGAAAUGUUUCACGAUGUUUAGAAGGGUAUGUGUCUGUCCAACAUGACGUCACUGAAAUGUUUCACGAUGUAUAGAAGGUAUGUGUCUGUCCAACAUGACGUCACUGCAAUGUUUCACGAUGUUUAGAAGGGUAUGUGUCUGUCCAACAUGACGUCACUGAAAUGUUUCACGAUGUAUAGAAGGUAUGUGUCUGUCCAACAUGACGUCACUGAAAUGUUUCACGAUGUAUAGAAGGGUAUGUGUCUGUCCAACAUGACGUCACUGAAAUGUUUCACGAUGUAUAGAAGGGUAUGUGUCCGUCCAACAUGACGUCACUGAAAUGUUUCACGUUGUAUAGAAGGGUAUGUGUCUAUCCAACAUGACGUCACUGAAAUGUUUCACGAUGUAUAGAAGGGUAUAUUUCUUGCGCCGGCUCCAAUCAUCAUCAGUUGAAUCGCAGUGUAAAAUCAAGUCAAGAGAUGUAUAAUCUAUAUGGAUACUAUUUAUUCUACAAGGGAACUUUUUAUUCUACAAGUGAACUAUCUAUUCUACAUGGGAACUAUCUAUUGUACAAAGGAACUAUCUAUUCUACAAGGGAACUAUCUAUUCUACAAAGGAACUAUCUAUUCUACAAAGGAACUAUCUAUUCUACAUGGGAACUAUCUAUUCUACAUGGGAACUAUCUAUUGUACAAGGGAACUAUCUAUUCUACAUGGGAAUUUCUAUUCUACAAGGGAACUAUCUAUUCUACAAGGGAACUAUCUAUUCUACAUGGGAACUAUCUAUUCUACAUGGGAACUAUCUAUUCUACAAGGGAACUAUCUAUUCUACAAGGGAACUAUCUAUUCUACAAGGGAACUAUUUAUUCUACAUGGGAACUAUCUAUUCUACAAGGGAAUUAUCUAUUCUAUAAGGGAACUUUCUAUUCUACAAGGGAACUAUCUAUUCUACAGGGGAAUUAUCUAUUCUACAUGGUAACUAUCUAUUCUACAAGGGAACUAUCUAUUCUACAUGGGAACUAUCUAUUCUACAAGGGAACUAUCUAUUCUACAAGGGAACUAUCUAUUCUACAUGGGAACUAUAUAUUCUACAAGGGAACUAUCUAUUCUACAUGGGAACUAUCUAUUCUACAAGGGAACUAUCUAUUCUACAAGGGAACUAUCUAUUCUACAUGGGAAUUAUCUAUUCUACAUGGGAACUAUCUAUUGUACAAGGGAACUAUCUAUUGUACAAGGGAACUAUCUAUUGUACAAGGGAACUAUCUAUUGUACAAGGGAACUAUCUAUUGUAUUAGGGCCACCGUGGAAGACAAACUUCUAAAAUCUAACACUCUACCACCAAGUGACAACAUCACGAGGAUACUUUGGAGUUGAUUUCCGGGGAUUACCGGACAUUUCUCCGAUAUGUUGCGAUUGCUAAACUCCGUUUGUCAUUUGAGCGUUGCCAUGUUGGAUACAUCCAAACACACACAACGUAUCUUAGAUUAAAUAAGUGUUUUAAAGGACGGAACAUUCUCCAUUAUAUUGUGUAUGUAUCCAAAUACCAAACAUAUGUCUAACGUACAAGAAAUGUAUGUACGUGUAAAACAGUUUUGAUAUUAAAAUCAAACCUCAUUAUCUCAAACUCCGAUAACUUGAUUACCGUGCUUAACUCGAAAUAAACAUUCAGUUUCACAGGAUAAACUUCUAUGCAAAAUAAACACGGUUACCUCGAACACAAUAGAUAUCUCGAAGAAUUUUCACGUUCCCACUUUAUUCUAGAUAACGAGGGUUGACUGUUUUUCUUUUUAUUUACAUUGUGUCUGUAUAAAUAAGACAGACUACGAGAUACAUGUAUUACUAAUGUGCCAAUGAUAUUGUGGUUCUAUUUUAUAGAUCAGUAUAUUACAUUACAUUUUCAGGUCAAAUUCAGGUCAAUUUCUUGACAUAAAAUGACUAAUUUGCUCUUUUCUUGUCAAUUUGAAUUGAAAAUCUUGACCUGAAAUUGAACUGAAAUUGACCUGAAUUGACAUGAAGACAUUUUGUGUGUGUAUAUCACGGCUUUACGUUCUAUUACGCUGAUGUGUAAACACGAAUCUGUCAUCAAAUCAAGUCUAUACUAAGUCGUGUUAAUUGACAGACAACAAUUUGUAACACAUACAGCUUCUGAACGCCGUAUAUGUUAUUGUAUGUUAAAAUGAUAUCUUAAAUUGUCUCCCGUUCUGAUUUCGUUUAUUUUGUUUGCUUUUUCCAUAAUGGUACACAAUUUUGCUGAACGUGAUUUUAUGAAAACAUUUUUUUAAUUUUUUUUUUUUAACAAUGAAUUUAUUAUCUACUUCAUCAAGCAAAGCUGUUUUUAGAAUGUGCAUUUUCAUAUUUGAUUUUAUUUAGCUAUUGUGGAGAUUUUUCAAGGAAGGAAAAAAGAACACAUUGUUUGAAAGCGUAAAUUUAUAUAUAACCAUUACAUUUCGUGUGAUAGAGUUCUUGCUGUCAUCAGAACUGCAACUUUCCCAUGAUUUAAGCCAAGAAAUGGAAGUUAUUCCUACGUAACUGGUGCUGAAUAAAGACACUGACAAAAAAAUUGAGUUUUAUCAGUAUUUCGCCCGAUACAUACAUAUACAUAUAUAUAUAUAUCAGUUGAUAACUGAUUGAUAUUUGUCUAGUGUCCAAAGCAAAUAUUGAAGUCGCAACUACAUUGUGUGAGAGGUCUAUCUCGGGUCUACAAUAAAUUAUGAUGUCGAGACCACAUUGUGUUAAAGGUCUAUCUCGGGUCUACAAUAAAUUAUGAUGUCGAGACCACAUUGUGUGUGAGGUCUAUCUAGGGUCUACAAUAAAUUAUAAUGUCGAGACUAUAUUGUGUGUGAGGUCUAUCUCGGGUCUACAAUAAAUUAUGAUAUCGAGACUACAAUGUGUGAGAGGUCUAUCUCGGGUCUACACUAAAUUACGAUAUCGAGACCACAUUGCGUGUGAGGUCUAUCUCGGGUCUACAAUAAAUUACGAUAUCGAGACUACAAUUUGUGAGGUAUAUCUAGGGUCUACAAUAAAUUAUGAUAUCGAGACUACAAUGUGUGAGAGGUCUAUCUCGGGUCUACAAUAAAUUACGAUAUCGAGACUACAUUGUGUGUGAGGUCUAUCUCGGGUCUACAAUAAAUUAUGAUGUCGAGACCACAUUGUGUGUGAGGUCUAUCUCGGGUCUACAAUAAAUUACGAUAUCGAGACUACAUUGUGUGUGAGGUCUAUCUAGGGUCUACAAUAAAUUACGAUGUCGAGACUACAUUGUGUGUGAGGUCUAUCUAGGGUCUACAAUAAAUUACGAUGUCGAGACUACAUUGUGUGUGAGGUCUAUCUCGGGUCUACAAUAAAUUACGAUAUCGAGACUAUAUUGUGUGUGAGGUCUAUCUAGGGUCUACAAUAAAUUACGAUAUCGAGACUACAUUGUGUGAGAGGUCUAUCUCGGGUCUACAAUAAAUUAUGAUAUCGAGACUACAAUGUGUGAGAGGUCUAUCUCGGGUCUACAAUAAAUUAUGAUAUCGAGACUACAAUGUGUGAGAGGUCUAUCUAGGGUCUACAAUAAAUUAUGAUAUCGAGACUACAUUGUGUGAGGUCUAUCUAGGGUCUACAAUAAAUUAUGAUAUCGAGACUACAUUGUGUGAGGUCUAUCUAGAGUCUACAAUAAAUUAUGAUAUCGAGACUACAUUGUGUGAGGUCUAUCUCGGGUCUACAAUAAAUUAUGAUAUCGAGACUACAUUGUGUGAGGUCUAUCUAGGGUCUACAAUAAAUUACGAUGUCGAGACUACAUUGUGUGAGAGGUCUAUCUAGGGUCUACAAUAAAUUACGAUGUCGAGACUACAUUGUGUGAGGUCUAUCUAGGGUCUACAAUAAAUUAUGAUGUCGAGACUACAUUGUGUGAGAGGUCUAUCUAGGGUCUACAAUAAAUUAUGAUGUCGAGACUACAUUGUGUGAGGUCUAUCUAGGGUCUACAAUAAAUUAUGAUGUCGAGACUACAUUGUGUGAGGUCUAUCUAGGGUCUACAAUAAAUUACGAUAUCGAGACUACAUUGUGUGAGGUCUAUCUAGGGUCUACAUUAAAUUACGAUAUCGAGACUAUAUUGUGUGUGAGGUCUAUCUAGGGUCUACAAUAAAUUAUGAUAUCGAGACUACAAUGUGUGAGAGGUCUAUCUCGGGUCUACAAUAAAUUAUGAUAUCGAGACUACAAUGUGUGAGAGGUCUAUCUAGGGUCUACAAUAAAUUAUGAUAUCGAGACUACAUUGUGUGAGGUCUAUCUAGGGUCUACAAUAAAUUAUGAUAUCGAGACUACAUUGUGUGAGGUCUAUCUAGGGUCUACAAUAAAUUAUGAUAUCGAGACUACAUUGUGUGAGGUCUAUCUCGGGUCUACAAUAAAUUAUGAUAUCGAGACUACAUUGUGUGAGGUCUAUCUAGGGUCUACAAUAAAUUACGAUGUCGAGACUACAUUGUGUGAGAGGUCUAUCUAGGGUCUACAAUAAAUUACGAUAUCGAGACCACAUUGUGUGAGAGGUCUAUCUAGGGUCUACAAUAAAUUAUGAUGUCGAGACUACAUUGUGUGAGAGGUCUAUCUAGGGUCUACAAUAAAUUAUGAUGUCGAGACUACAUUGUGUGAGGUCUAUCUAGGGUCUACAAUAAAUUAUGAUAUCGAGACUACAUUGUGUGAGGUCUAUCUAGGGUCUACAAUAAAUUAUGAUAUCGAGACCACAUUGUGUGAGGUCUAUCUCGGGUCUACAAUAAAUUAUGUUUAUAUGACUUGGUAUAUAGUGCUGUGAUGAUUGAUAGUGCUUUAUUUAAAACCUAAGGAGGAAAAAAUCAUGCUUGGUGUAACUUGUAAACAUGCUGCGUUCCUCUCAGUGCCUUGGUGAGCUGUUGACAUAUCUCAGGUAUCCAAUCGAUGUUAAUAUGUUAUGAUGACAAAUAUAUAACUUAUCUCUUAUA